AUGACCACGACAGCCCACUACGAAGCCAUAGUCAUCGGCUCCGGCCAAGGCGGCGGGCCCCUUGCGCAAGCGUUCGCCAACGCAGGCCGGCGCACCGCGCUGAUCGAGGCCAAGCACGUAGGCGGCACGUGCGUCAACGAAGGCUGCACGCCGACCAAGACCAUGGUGGCCAGCGCGCGGGUCGCGCACCUGGCGUGCCGCGCGCAGGGGUACGGCGUGCAGUUCAAGCGGUCCAGCCUGGCGCUGAACAUGGAGACAGUAAGAAAACGGAAGCGCGACAUUGUGGACAGUUUCCGCGCGGGGAGCGAGCACCGGAUCAAGGCCACGGAGAAUGUCGAUCUGAUCUUGGGCAGGGCGACGUUCCGGGGGCCCAAGACCGUCGAGGUGCUGUUGAAUGGACCGCGGCCGCAUCACGAGACCGACGGCAACAGCAACACCGGCAUGGACACGACCCUCACGAUAACAGGGGAUUUGGUGUUUGUGAACGCAGGGUGUUCACCAUCAAGGCUCGACGUCAAGGGCGCAUGCCGCACGGAGGGGCUGCUCGACUCCACCUCGAUCAUGGAACUGGGUGAUGUGCCGCGCCACAUUGUCAUCAUCGGCGGCGGCGUCAUCGGGUGCGAGUUCGCGCAGAUGAUGAGACGGUUCGGCGCAAAAGUCAGCCUCGUGCAGCGGGGUGCGCAGCUGCUGCCGCGCGAGGACACCGACGUGGCGGACGAGGUGCGCCGGAUCUUCGUCGACGCCGGGAUCGAGGUGUAUUUGGGAGCUACGACGAACGAGGUCUCCAACGUCACGCUGGGCCAAAUCGUCGUCUCUGUGACGCAGGGCGACGGCACCCCGAAAUCCAUCCUCUGCAGCCACGUGCUCGCCGCGGCAGGGCGGACGCCCAACACCGCGGACUUGGGCCUCGAGAGCGCGGGCGUCGAAGUGGACAAACACGGCUUCAUCAGGGUGGAUGAGCACCUCGCCACGUCGGCGCCGGGCGUCUACGCGCUCGGCGACAUCAAGGGCGGCAUGCAGCAGACGCACGUCAGCUACGACGACAUGCGCAUCUUACGACACAAUCUGGUCACGCACGCCCAGAGCGGCGAGCGGGCCUCCGUCCAGGGUCGGCUGGUCCCGUACACGACCUUUAUCGACCCGCAGCUCGGGCGCGUCGGGAUGACGGAGAAGGAAGCUCGUGCGCUGAACCCGCCCCGGAACGUCAAGGUCGCGAAGAUGCCCAUGGCAUAUGUGGCGCGGGCACUGGAGAUGGACGAGACCAACGGGUUCAUGAAGGCGGUGGUCGACGCCGACACGAAAGAGAUCUUGGGGUUUGCAUGUUUAGGUGUCGAGGGCGGCGAGAUCAUGAGCGUCGUGCAGAUGGCCAUGAUGGGAGGCCUGACAUACGACGAGCUGGAGAACGCCAUCUUUGCACAUCCGUGUCUGAGUGAGAGUCUGAACAACCUUUGGGGGUUCCUGCAGUGA